ACAGACCUCCACCGACCCUAGGAGGCGCACGAGUCCACAAAAUGCGCAUGUGCCAUUUUUAAUCACUGAUUGGACAUUCAGCUGCUGCGCGUGGUCUGGACAUUCUGAACUUGAAUUCGUACACAUUUGAUAAACAAAAAUGGCUGUGUUUUAUGGAAUGCACUCCCUCACUAAAGAACUUGCUGACAUUUUUGCUGAGGAUUCAGACAAUGACAAGACAUUUUACGGAUUUUCUGAAGGUGAACUGAACGACAAAGAGUAUAAGACAUUAGAUUGGGAAAAUAAAGGCAAAUGGUCUGAUAACGACCCCACCAAACAGGAAGGCACAUGCAAACCGACCCAACCCUUCAAGCUAAGAGUGGCCCUGCGCUUAACACGUUUAAACCCCCAGUCAUCUGAUGAAGAAACUGAAAACGUGCCUGCAAAGACAGUCUCAAAAAAGACCCCUGAGACCCAAAAGGAGAAACAUGUCACUUUUGAAGAAAUGGAAAAAACGGUGGUGCAAUUUUCUCCUCUAAAGAGUGAAGCUUAUCAUGAAGCAGAGUCCUUUUUGGCCAAGAGGGAACAAAAUAUCAAAGCCAACAAAGCAAUGCUAGCCCAGCUGAUGGCAGAUUUGCAAACGAUGCCUGGAGGUGCUGGAUUUCUGAAAAAACAAGCAGGGAAACAAGCAAAGAAGAAAAGCCCACAUCCACCGUGUUCUGGAGGUGACCUGAGGAAAAAUCCUGAGCGUGCAUCCCGUCGAUGUACUCGCUCCAUGGGAGGAAAUAAUGAGCCUAAGAAUACUCAAGAGGAGGAGGAAGAACUGGAACUCACCCUGGAAGACGAAUUACUGGAGGUCAGAAGACCUCCACAAGGACGUGGGACCCCUCGACCUUAUCAGACCAAACCUCAUGUGAUUCGUCCAAUUGAAGAUAUCACAGAGGAAGAACUGGAACUGGUGGCAGACAGUAUGACGGAGAAGGUCUACAACAAAGUCUCGGGCUCUACCUGUCACCAAUGCAGACAGAAGACCAUAGACACAAAAACAUGCUGCCGUAAUGAAGGCUGCAGAGGGAUUCAGGGCCAGUUUUGUGGUCCCUGUUUGAGGAACCGUUACGGUGAAGAUGUCAAGAAGGCACUGCUCAACCCUGAGUGGAAUUGCCCACCAUGCCGAGGAAUAUGUAACUGCAGCUUCUGUCGUCAGCGUGAGGGUCGCUGUCCAACAGGCAUACUCUUUCCUCUGGCUCAGUAUCAUGGAUUCUCUGAUGUACAUUCAUAUUUAACAAGGUGUGACUAAAUGAAGGGAAUGCAUCAGCAGAUGGCGCUAGUGUAGUUAAAGAUAACGUGUGGUUCUCAGUCCUUUUUAGACUGUCCAUAGGACUUCAGUAUCAACAUUUUCAGCUCAUCUGUGAUCGUUCUAGACAUAAAUGGAAUUAUGCACAAAUGUUCUAUGGAAACAUGUUGCUGACUAAAUUGAUAUAUUAAAAAUGUGUUAAAUUGUC